AACCAUUCCCUUUCCGCGUGGCUUUAAUAAUGGUUAAUACUCAGAGACCGACAACGUGGGUGCCUUGGACUCGCAUCUGGCACGGCUAGAUCGCAUAUGAACCCGCGACACGGGCGCAAUGCGGCAAGUCAAGAGAGUCGGAGCCGUCCAUGAAUGCUCGAGCGAUGGAGGCGUCGUCGAGCUCCAAGGUCACAGUGGAAUAUCAUGACCCGUCCGGAGUCUUCCCGUUAAUUUCAAGAGAAAUUGCUGGUCGCCUACCGCUCCGAAACCUGAACUGGCAAUCACCAUCCAGGCCAUUGCGCCAGAUCCGCCAAUUACAUGUAGACUUUGUGCCCGACAAGUUCACGGAGACUGCUUUGCGGCCGCCCAUACAGCGGUUCGAUUCCAAUGGUCCCACCAGCGUUGAGAUCGUGCGGAGUGGGCGCAGAGAUGCGGUGAAGGAGCGCAGGCACCAAAUUCCGGGCCUCAAAACCUCACCUUACUUGAAGCUUUAUGUAUUACGAUGUGAUGAUAAGGAUACGUAUAAAGACACGGAGCGCAAGCGUAUACGGGAAUGGCUACGAGACAGCACACAGGCCGAAAGCAGCACAGGCGACAAUCACGAUGCCUUUGAAUGGCUGAUAUUGCACGUUGUUGUGCCAGGAACUACUGCCGCUAGCGAACCAAGAUGGCGCGAGUCAGUGAAGGAACCUGACGAGCUUAAGGAACGUAAGACGAGCAAUGUCAAGUUCCCAGGCAAGCCUCCACGUACGGUAUUUGACCGCUUACGGGCCGACUUCAAUGAUUCUGGCAAGGCUGGCGUGGAUCGAGUGGCGCAAAUACGAUUACUCAAGCAGAAUAUGCCUCCGGAUCUUUUGCCUACACCGACCGUUGCGGAGACCUUGGAAGAGACGACUCAGGAGCGGGAGCUCUCAUGGAAGGACCUUCUGGACAAGCUCAAGGUCCUUAUACUUGGCCCAUUCGAUGCGCGAGUCAGGCAGUACGAAGUUGACAUUGCUGAGCAAGAGUCACGACGGUCUCUACCAGGGUGGAACUUCUGCACCUUCUUCAUUCAUAAAGAGGGCUUGGCUAAAGCUCUGGAAAGCAUCGGCCUCGUCGAAGACGCACUGGCACUAUACGACGAGCUCUCCCUUGGUCUGGAGACUGCUGUCCGCGAGAUUGCAUCUGGACAGGCUGACGGCACUGCGACUAGCUUUGCCGCUUACACCAAUGAUAUCGUUGACCGAAUCCUUGGCUUUUCGAAAGCAACCAUGAAUGGAGCCAUGAAGCGUGACUCCAACGGCCUUCAGCAUAGCUCAGGAGCUGGCUUGUUCAGCAAAGACUAUCGAGAGGAGAUUGUCCGUAGCAACAUCUCCGUUUUCGACUUCUUCUGUUACCUCUUCAUCAGACAAAAGGCGCUGAUACUUCGGCUUGCCAAUACCGCUGCCGCAAAUGCCGAGCUCGGUGCCGCCAGGUCCAGCGACUCAAGCGAAGACCUUGUGCUCAUUUCUGAGGUCUGCUGGCGCGCCUCAAGCUUUAUACCCAACAGCGCUCGAUCAUUGCGACAGGAGCUUCAAAGCAUGCCCAAAUCGACCGAGAAGGCGCUUAAUUCACAUGAUGUUGACGCUAUCACUUAUUCCUGGAUAUACCUAGUGGCUGGUUACAUUCUUUCCGAAACAAUUGCACCAGUGCUGGACUUGGUACAAUUAGAUAGCAACAGUAAGCCGCUCGUUAAUGGCACCUCCCCUCAGCGUUCCGACUUCAGCUUCGCCAUGGGCGCAAGUCCUUAUCCGGAGCGGUCUAGCAGCCUAGCCGUCCGUCAGUCUGCACCAGAUCUACACCGGCCGUCUGUGGCCAUGAGCGAAGAGUCUGCGGGAACAAUUACGGGCUCAGAGAUCGAUCUUGGCACGAAGGCGGCGGGCAUCCCAGGGCUACCGGAGCUUGCAACCUACCGUGCUGAGCUGGUUGUUAUGCAGCGCAAAAUGCUCGAGGACUUGGCGCAGCACCGCGGCUGGCUGGCGGGUUGGGCUGCUGUAGAGCACAGCAAGCCUCGAUUGGAGGAUGUCGAGCUGGACGCCUCGAACAAUGACGAGCGCGCCGAAAGUGCUGGUGGUAUUCAGGCCACUCCAGAAACGGAGCCUAUAAAGUCGGCUUCUAUCGCACUCGUCCCACCGUCAUUAGCCACCGCCCUAGAGUCCGAGCAGGCUUUCCAGUCCGCCUUUGAGCGUCUGAGCGAUCAGGCUAUGCGAUACUACGCUGUUGCCACGCAAUCAAAGUCGGUUGAUCUCAUCAUUGGCGAUUUGGCGCUGCUCAAGCGUCAGCAAGGUGACACCGUGACUGCAGAGGACUAUAUUCGGCAUUUAUUACCAAGCUUCGAAGCAGACACCUGGAGUUCAACGGAAGCUGAAUUACUCCUUGUAUACAUCAGCUGUCUCGAGGAACUGCAGCGCCAUCUGGAGCACCUGGAAGCUGUGCUGAAGCUCUUAUCGAAAGUUGCUAAGAAAAGAAUGGUCCAUACAUCCUUCGUGACUCAGAUCUACGACGAUUUCGAUGUUUCAGGAGUUCUCCAGAAGGCCAUUGAUAUCUCAGCUGCCCAUUCAAUCCAGCUCGACUGUCGCCUAGAGGACUUCUUCGGCGACGUGCAAUUCGAUGAACAUAUAGUCCACCACGAUGACAUGGAUGGAUUCACGCUCCGCCUGCGCUUACGACACGUCCUCGAUGAUGCGGUCGAGGUAGAGGAAGUUGCGGCGAGCCUUGUUGCAGCCCAGGACCCAGCUCAGGUGAUUAUGCUUCGUUGCGCUAGAUCAGUCGUGGUCCGGCCAGGCCUUGUAGACGUCAACCUAGAUUGCUCUACGUCAGCGCUGGGCCCAUUCUUGCUCGGAAGCUUGAAGUUGAAAGCGCGCGGACUCACCUUCGUAAAGGACUUUCAGCCAAGUAAGGCGCCUACUGUGCUAGUGAACGGCAAUGGCAUAGGCUCUCCAGCGCCCGUUCGGAACGAGCCGUUACAGUCGUCUGUCUUUCUAUAUCCUUCCGAAAGCUCGUUCAACCUGCAGGCCGAACUUGUCCGAGAUAUCCGCCUUGACAAGCCCCGCCAUCUCCUACUGACGCUUAGCAGUGGACGGAACGAGGUUGAAGGCGUCGACCUGCGGAUCAAGCCAACUUCUGCUGGGCUUAGGCUGCACCUUGCGGAUGCGGAUCUCGAAGGCAUCGUGUUAUCCGGCGGGGGUGGCAAGCCGGGUCAGCUUGCCAUGAGCAGUCUCUCGGCGGGCCAAUCCGCUCUCAUCACGAUUCCAUAUACGGUCGACCAAGCAACCCCAGACAUCUCCAUGCGCUUCGAGGUUCAUUAUCGCACACCGAAAGGUCCUUUUACCUACCUCACUUCAACGGUGCUGCGCCACGAGCUACCGCUGGAUGUCGAAGUCAACGAGAGGUUCCGGAUGAAAUACCUGACGUCCAGCUUCACUCUGCGUACUUUAAGACCCGCGCCGCUGUUGGUGCUUGACACUCAUCUGCGCGAGUCCAUGGCUUACACUGUCGAGGCAUCUUCAGUACCCAGCGCUUCGUCAACGAUCACAGAAACGAUGCCAGCCAGGCUAAGGUACAAAAUCUUCCGGAAGGCGCCAUCCUCUGGCAAAAUGAUCAAGCGCAACGCUUCUCUCGCGUUGGAUGUGAAAUACGUUUCCUUCGUCGACCUAAUAGCCACGACGGUGCGAGAGUCUUUCGCAGAGUUUCUGAACGCUAGCGGCUGUCGCCCUUUGCGACAUCUUCUAUGCCCUAUCAUGGAUCAGAAGGUUUGGGGACUCCUGCAUGCACCACAUGUGGAGCUUAGUGCCGUUUCGCAGCAGCUUAGGAUGCCUUCCUUCCAGGAGUUCGGCUGGAACAAUAUCAUCGAUACAUUACCGCCGGGCGCGAAACCAGACGUCGAAGCAUGCUUGCAGAAGUGGCACAGCGAGCAUAUCACAAUCGCCACUGCUACCGAAGGCGCUCUGACCGAGAAAGUCGCCCGAUGCGUUACCAUUGCUGUUGACGUUCCGACAGUGGACAUCGUCUUCAAUGCGUCGAUGAUCGUACAGGAUAAAGGUUAUAUCGACGUGCCGGGACAGAAAAUCUUGAUACUCGGCACACCUGUCACUGCUGAAAUCAGCGUACGACAUACCUUUGAUUGGAGCGCUUCUAGCGUCUUCGGCUCGAAGCAACUGGACUCGAAGACCAGCUUCGUCAUCGAGAUACAGGCUGACCGGGAGGCAUGGCUCGUAGGCGGUAGACGACGAGCUCGAGUCACCCUAGACAUGGAUAACACUGUCCUCGGCAUUGUCUUAGUCCCACUGAGACUCGGGACACUCGCUCUACCUCAUGUGACCGUUCAGGCGCAAGCCCCGACCACAAACGAAGGCGGAAGCCAGGAGGCUAAGGCGAUGACGCUGCGGGACCAAGUGCUUCGAGACCGGGCACAGCUACCAAGUCGACUAUUGAGCCCGGAUGAAGACACCAGGCCGUACCAGUUGGCUACUAGUCAUUAGUUUCGAGGCAUGUCCGGCGGCAUUGACAUAUGGUUAUCACGAGAAGGGUCAGCGAACAGCGAAGGCUCGCCGUGUGAGAAUCAAAGGGACAGGCAGCGCCCCUAACAGGUGAUCUGGCAAGGUUUUUCAUUGCCUCGCAGCUCUCCACGACAGCUGAGAUAUCUUUGUUGCAGACGUCAAAGCCCAUGUGCCCGAGGCAGCUCGAAAAGGCAGCUUGGCUGACCUGCCGGAAAUAGCGUAGCCCGGAUGAGGUGCUUUGGAGCUUGAAGCUGCCCGCAGGUGAAAGUGUGGCAUUGAUCCAACGCGGGGUACGACAACGAAACUCACCAUACCACACGCGGAUCAAGGAACCAAAUUGACCAUUCCCACAAUCGCGCAAUAGCCAUC